AUGAGCAGCUCACCCUUUGGCUUCGGCGCGUACGACGACUACCUCCAGACGCAGCCCGCAAGCGGUGCGUCGCAGUCCCAAGCGUCGCAAACGUUCCCCUUCACGCAGCAGCAGUCGCAGUCGCCCUAUGCGUUCGUCGACGCCAGCGACGACCCGAGCGGCGAUGCGUCGUUUUAUGACCAAUACCAGGCGCCGAGUGGCCACCGCCCGCCGUCGUAUUUCGACCAAUCCGCGGCCGCGAACGAGUCCCCGCUGCACCAAUUAGACGAUGCGCACUUGACCAGCGACUUCCACCAGCAGCUCACGUUCGACGAGUCCAUUGACGACGACGCGCUGGAGGACGCGCGCAGACGGGCCAACGACCUGCCGCCCCACGCGUGUGCCUACUGCGGACUGCACGACCCGGCGUCGGUCGUCAAGUGCGUGGCGUCGGACAAGUGGUUUUGCAACUCGCGCGGCAACACGAGCGGCUCGCACAUUAUCCAGCACUUGGUCCGAAGCAAGCACAAGGAAGUGGCGCUGCACCCCGAGUCGCCUCUGGGCGAGACCGUGCUCGAGUGCUACAAUUGUGGCUGCCGCAAUGCCUUCCUCUUGGGCUUUAUUCCGGCCAAGCAAGACUCGGUCGUUGUCUUGCUCUGUCGAGAUCCCUGUUUGCAGAUGAACGCACUGAAAGACAUGAGCUGGGACAUGUCGCAGUGGCUGCCGAUUAUUGACGACCGCAGUUUCCUGCCGUGGCUGGUGAAAAUGCCGUCCGAGCACGAACAACUCCGGGCGCGGCAGAUCACGUCGAGUCAAAUUGCAAAGCUGGAAGAACUGUGGCGCGACAAUCCGUUGGCAACGGUAGAGGAGCUCAAUCGGCCGGGUAUUGACGACGAACCGGUCAAGGUGUCACCAACGUACGACGACGGGUACCAGUACCAGAACAUUUUUGGACCUCUGGUGAAAAUGGAGUCGGACUAUGACAAGAAGAUGAAAGAGGCCCAGACGCAAGAAGGCGUGAUCGUGCGCUGGGAUACUGGUCUGAAUAAAAAGCGGAACGCGAUUUUCACGUGUUCGCGACCUGACUCGGAUUUGAGGUUGGUGCCGGGGGAUGAGAUCCGGCUGCGGUUGGGACCGACGGCGAGCUUGCUGUACGGCAAAGAUUGGGAAGGCACUGGUCAUGUGCUUCGAUUGGAAGAGUCGGAAGUGGCGCUUGAGAUGCGUAGUCAUAAUGUACCGCUUGAGGUCGCAGACGGAUAUUUGGUGGACUUUAUCUGGAAGUCGACGUCGUUUGAUCGCAUGCAGGCUGCCAUGAAGACGUUUGCUGUGGACGACACGUCGCUCACGGGGUACCUGUACCACAAGAUCUUGGGCCAUGCAGUCGACGUGCAACCUUUGCGUAUUCCGCGCUCUGUAGGUACGCAUUAUUCGGCUCCUGGACUCCCUGAGUUGAAUCCGCCGCAGAUGGAAGCAGUGAAGGGUGUGCUGGAGCAGCCGCUGAGUUUGAUCCAAGGUCCCCCUGGCACGGGCAAGACAGUGACGUCAGCUUCCAUCGUGUUCCACAUGUCAAAGCAAAACAUGGGCCAGGUGCUGGUGACAGCACCUAGCAAUAUCGCUGUGGACCACUUGACGAUGAAGAUUAGUGCGACGGGACUUCGCGUGGUUCGUCUCGCCGCCAAAAGUCGUGAGGCCGUGGCCUCUUCAGUCGAGCAUCUGUCGUUGCACGCAAUGAUAAAGUCGCUGGACUCGCCGGAUAAGGCUGAUCUGCGCAAACUCAUGCAACUAAAGGAUGAUCAGGGCGAAUUGUCGUCACAGGAUGAAAAGCGGUUCAAGUCGUUGAAGCGCCAAGCCGAGCGCGAGAUCUUGCAAGCUGCAGAUGUAAUUUGUACGACGUGUGUCGGUGCAGGUGAUCCUCGUCUAUCUAACUUUCGCUUCCGUCAAGUAUUGAUCGACGAAGCCACGCAAGCUACAGAACCCGAGUGUCUGAUUCCGAUUGUUCAGGGUGCUAAGCACGUGGUGAUGGUGGGCGACCACCGCCAGCUAGGCCCUGUCGUCAUGAACAAGAAGGCAGCAAAUGCUGGACUGAACCAGUCACUUUUCGAUCGGCUGCUACUGCUUAACCACCGUCCAUUCCGCCUGCGUGUGCAGUAUCGCAUGCACCCUUGCCUAUCAGAGUUCCCCUCGAACCAGUUUUACGAAGGCGAGCUGCAGAAUGGUGUGUCUGCGAGUGAACGCCAGCUCUCCAGAGUUGAUUUUCCGUGGCCGAAUCCAAACAAGCCGACGUUCUUCUAUAUUUGCCUAGGCGCAGAAGAAAUCAGUUCGUCUGGUACGAGUUACUUGAACCGCACUGAGGCGAGCAAUGUCGAGAAGAUUGUUACGACGUUCCUGAAGGCUGGAGUGCUGCCCGCACAGAUCGGCGUUGUUACACCGUAUGAGGGCCAGCGUGCUUACGUGGUUAGCUACAUGCAGCGUAAUGGGCCCAUGCGUUCUCAGCUGUACAAGGAUGUGGAAGUGGCGAGCGUAGACUCUUUCCAAGGCCGGGAAAAGGACUUGAUCAUUCUGUCAUGUGUGCGCUCGAACGAGAACCAAGGCAUUGGCUUUCUGAGCGACAAACGUCGUCUGAACGUGGCUCUGACGCGUGCAAAGUACGGCGUUAUCGUGCUGGGGAACCCACGAGUGUUGGCUAAGCAGUUGCUCUGGAAUACGCUGCUGAACCACUAUCGCGACAACCAGCUCAUUGUGGAGGGUCCACUGAAUAAUUUGACGCCAUCUCACAUGCAGUUCCCCCCGCCGCGACAACAGGGACGCGGUGCUCAUCGUAACAGUAGCAGCCUGCACCGCCAACGUGAGUCGUUGCCGCCACUCGACUCGCGCUUCGACCCGCGCUACGACCAGUCAGGAAUGCUUUCUUUUGACUCGCCUGGGAUUGGGGAACUACCGCAUCCUGCGCCGCAGCAGCAUGGAGGUCUACGUCGUGAACAAGACAGUUACGUGUCUGACUCCAUGAGCUCGUUUACGCAGGACGGCAUGAUUCAUUCGUCCAUUGGAUUGACUGACCCCUUCACGCAAAUGGCUCAGACACAGUCCUUCAGCCAAGCGUCGAGUGACAAGUUCGGUAUGUCACAAGAUAGCUUCAUGUACGAGCAUGACUACAAGUCGCAGAACAUCCCGAUGUCUCAAGAUACUCGCAAUACCGAUCGUAACUUCUACUAA